CCUUGAUGGCCACGUGCAGAGCGGCUGAUACGAUGUGACCAAUGGGACAAGGUCGCUGUGAAUUAUCGCCUCAGCGCGGAACAUCUCCGCUAUGAUGUCUCUCUUCCAUCUCUAUUCUACGCCUCGGUGACCUCGUGAUGGUCAUUGUCUCUCCGACGGGCGAAAGAGCUAUCGGCAUAUAAAUUGGAUGCUCUGCCACCUAUGUAGGUAAUGAUAAUUUACAUCCGAACCAGACAUCACCUUAGUAAAUUCCGAUUAGACCAUCUUAUUAUCCUCUAGUUAAUAUACUUAAUAUCAUUAUACUUUACCGAUAAAACAUCAUGAAGUUCCAACUCUCGUCGCUACUUGUCGGCAUCGCCGCCGCUGUAGUAUCUGCCCAAGAUGUCCCGCAGGUUGGCCCAUUCGCCCUCCACAUAACAGGAAAAGAAGGCAGCUCUAUCGACGGAUAUGCCGGUUCGUGCCAUGCUGGUGCUGCCAUUGAGGGAUUGUGCUACUCUGCUGGAGCGCUUCCCGACGGCGUAUCCUUCCAGUACUACUUCAAUGCUUCUAGUUACACCAAGGUCGACGAUAACGACGUCGGCACGCUUGUGUGGAAGCUCCCUUACAACGACGGAAGCGGUAACCAAGCUACUGUGGAUCAAGCUCUAGGACUACAGUUCGCUCUGAACAGCAACGUUGCUUCGCUGCUGUUUGGCUUUUCCAACUACUACUUCAAUGUUGGUUUCGACAAGGCCAGUAAACUAUUCGGCUGGACCUACAUCGAUGACUCAACCUUCGUCCCCGGAACGAAUCCACUCCCUAGCGGUAACGGAACGGCGUACUAUCAAUGGUAUGUAUGCUGGCAAUACUUUACUGGCUACUACUACCAGUCAGUUGGAUGGACCUUGGCCGGGGAGCCUCACAACCCUACUUGCGAGCCCGUUGAUAUCACCCAAGAGUUCCCCUCCUCUUCCUAAUAUCGCAUAAUAUUGGAUCUAUUCCAAGUUUAAUAGCUUUGAAUGCCUAAAGCUCUCAAAAAUUGGUUCAUUGCAUGAGAAGCGGGUUUGGCGGUCUUAUGGUGGUGAUUAUUUAUGAGAAGCACGAAAGUUGGACGUAUAUACAUUAGGUAACUACAAUAGGGCGAAUUUAAUAACGUCCAAUCUUUCCCACAACCUUAAAUAUUUUACCUCGUAAUAUAUACAUUAUAUUUUCAAAAAUAACUUCCACGCCGCCAA